CGUCCAAAAAUUUUCUUGUCAAAAUUCAUUAAAAGACACUUUGCCUCACGAUAAUCAUGAGUUAAUUUUAGUAUUUUAAGGACAAAAACUAGUUUAUCGUCAAACUGAUUACUAAAAAAUGUCCGAAUAUUCCCGCAUAUAUAUUAAAUCCACACUAGCGUUACCUCCUCUAUCAGAAUCAGACAAACCCUUUUGAAUCCAUAUUUCGAUCUUCAAGAUCAAUAAAGAUCUCUCUUUUAUUCAUCUUCUUAAACAGAGUAAGUGUUUGAUUCGUUAAAGUGAAGAUUUUUUUUAAUCUCCGUCUCAAUCCGGUCCGAUGUCAAUACCUAUUCCCUACGAUGUUGGCUCAAUCUCCGGCGAGACAUCUCCGUCUCCGCCGCCACCAAAGGCGAACACGAAGAAUUUACCAACGAAGAUUCUCUCGAACUUUCUCGUUGGUCUGAUUAUGAUCCCUGUAGCUGUAACCGCCUUCCUCUUUAUCCUCACGUCUCUUGGCUUCACCUUCUUCUUCGCUUUCUACUGGUUUCUUCACCGGAACUACCGCCACCGUCUCCGUCGCCAUCGUCGUCACGAAUACUCUGAUGGGUUGUCUCCAAGAUGCGUGAAGAGGCUUCCCCAAUUCAAGUUUCGUGAGCCUGUAACAGAGUACGGAAGCGACGACUGUGUUGUUUGUAUCGAUGGAUUCAGACAAGGGCAGUGGUGUCGGAAGCUGCCUCGGUGCGGGCAUGUGUUUCACCGCAAGUGUGUUGACUUGUGGUUGAUGAAAGUCCCGACUUGUCCGAUUUGUAGGGAUAGGGUUUAUAGAUUUGAUGAAGGGAGAAGAUGGAGACCUGAAGGUGAAAGCUUUUUGAAUUGGUGAAGAAGAUGUUAGUUUUCUUAAGUAGAUUUGUACGUGUUGUUCAAUUUUGUUUGGUUCGUUUGAUUUGUUAUGAUCUUGUUAGCAGCAAUUUUGGUUUUUCCAUCAUCAAUAAUCAUGUACAGUGUGUCUUGUUUCUUUUUUUUAUAAAGCUCCACAAUUGAAGCUUUGUUUUCUUCACUGUUUUGAAUUAGAUCCAAAUAUAGAAUGAUGAGUUUUAUGUAGAAA